ACUGUGCAGCUUUGUGAACCCCUCUCCCUUUCAGCUAGAGACCAAAAUACCCGGUGUGUCUGAUGUCACAGACAGUCCAGGCUGAGACCAGACUCUCUGUUGCUUUCUGCCUCCCUUAAGCGCCUGGAAGGAGAACCCUUCACAGCCUCUCGCCUUUGCUCCCGCAGCUUUUCCAACAAACCGGGGCAGGAUGGGAGUGUCUUCUUGGCUCUGGAAAUCAAUCCUCCUACCUUGUCCUGAAGCCACACGCCGCCCUUUCCCGGCCCUCCCUUCGCAGUGAUUUUCCUGUCCGGGACUCCCAGCGAGGUCGAGCGGCUAGUGACCACCCCGCCCUUAAAGGUAGGAGCCAGGGAGCGUGGCUGCCGCCCGGCGGGUCUCGGAGCCCACCGGCCGCACUUUCGGCGCGAACUUGGGGGCGGCGGCCGCCCAGCAUCUGGCGCCAGCAAUAAGGAGGAGCUUCCCGCGGGGGAACGGUGGACUACUCAGACGCCCGGCAACACAGCGCCUCGCUCCGCUCGGCUCCUCGGCCACAUCAACGUGGGGAAGGGAUAGCGUCCUUGUCACCCAUCUGGCGCAGGCUUCCGCUCCCUGCCUGCUCCGGACCUGAUGCGGCAGACACCGCGGGACAGACAGAAGCGCGCUGCGGAGAGCCCCGCACAUGCCUCUGCGGUCGCCGAGCUCGGGCCUCGGCAGCACGCACGAGUGAAGCAACAACAAAAACCCUCAUCUUGGAUUAUUUCCAGCAUCAAGACUUCCACAUGUCAGCAGUAGGCUCCUGAGGCAGCCCAUUCUCCUCCAACUCUCCUCACUACAUUCUUCAGAAAGAGAGGACCUUCAGGAAACACAUCCUAAAAGCACAGUUGCUUUCUAGGACAGUGUGACAAUCUGCUGACAUUGAGGGUGUGCUUCGGCUUGUAGACAUGUGUGGGCAUUCAGAUACAAGCAAACUGGCUGCCCUAAGGCCCCCACCCUCAGGUGAAAUACACAAACUCAAUUACAGAUUUAUUUACUAAUUCAUGUAUUUGAACCAUCAUAGAAGACCUCUGCAUAUUCAUCUCCUCUUGCUUUGGACCCUGUUUCAGGCAGGCCAGCCAUGAAAGGGUACCUGGUGGCUAUAUUCCUGAGUUCUAUCUUCCUCUAUUAUGUGCUAUACUGUAUCCUGUGGGGAACAAAUGGCUAUUGGUUCCCAGCUGAAGAAAUGAGGAAUAGAAACAAUGUCAAGAAUUGUUUUAAAAAGCCGGCUUUCGCCGAUCUCCUGAGGUUUCCUCAGGUUUACCCAUUUCUGUGUAAGGCUGACUUUGUAAAGGUUACUGCCACGUACGGUACCAAUAAUUUUCUGUUGCCCUAUGGAGUAAAGACCUUCGAGUCAUAUUUCAGCUCAGCCCUUUCAAAUCUGCAGAGUUGCGAUCUCUUUGGCCAGUUUGACAGAGUGCCAUGUAAAAGGUGUGUGGUGGUUGGUAAUGGAGGAAUAUUGAAGAAUAAGACAUUAGGAGCAAAAAUCGACUCCUAUGAUGUCAUAAUAAGAAUGAAUAACGGUCCUGUUUUAGGCCAUGAAGAGGAAGUUGGGAAAAGGACAACCUUCAGGCUUUUUUAUCCAGAGUCUGUCUUUUCAGACUCCAUUCACUAUGAUCCCAAUACUACAGCGGUUCUCGUUGUGUUUAAGCCACAGGAUUUACGGUGGCUGAGGGAAAUACUGCUAGGUAAAAAAAUAAAUACUGCUGGGUUUUGGAAGACACCAGCCUUAAAAUUGAUCUAUAAACAGUAUCAAAUCAGAAUAUUAGAUCCAUAUAUUAUCAGAGAAGCAGCUUUUCAAUUGCUUCGUUUUCCCAGAGUAUUUCCCAAAGAUCAGAAACCCAAACACCCUACAACAGGAAUUAUUGCCAUCACAAUGGCAUUCCACAUAUGCAGCGAAGUGCACCUUGCAGGUUUUAAGUACAACUUUUACAGACCCAACAGUCCUCUACACUACUAUGGGAAUGCCACCAUGUCUCUUAUGCAGAAGAAUGCGUAUCACAAUCUGACUGCAGAACAGCUCUUUCUAGACAACAUUAUAAAGAAAAAAAUGGUGAUCGACUUGACUCAAAACUGACCGUGCAGAUCCGAAAGAUGACGCUGAACAUUAUUAGUUUUAUUUUUGUACUGCAAAUUUUAGUUUAUUUUUAAAUAUAUUGGAUGAACUUGUCAAA